CGCAAGCUGUCAUCUUGCCUUCAAGCGGCAUCAUUUCGCGAAACAUUCAAAACGUUGUCGCCCGAUUUUAGCUUGUAUUUUGUUGCUAAAUUUUAGAAAAAAGCCCCGGCAAAAUGGUGAAACUUACGCCGGACCUCAUUAACCAGUCGAUGCAGUACAUGAAUCCGUGCCGCGACCGCGAGCUGGAUUUGCGAGGGUACAAAAUUCCGCAGAUUGAAAAUAUGGGCGCCACGCUGGACCAGUUCGAUACGAUCGAUUUCUCCGAUAACGACAUCCGCAAGCUGGACGGGUUUCCGCACCUGCCGCGGCUCAAGUGCCUGCUGCUGAACAACAAUCGGAUUGUGAGAAUCAGUGACACCCUGGCCGAAUCGCUGCCGAACCUGGAGAGUGUGAUCCUUACUGGAAACAACGUCCAAGAGCUGGGCGAUUUGGAACCGCUGACGAAGCUGGCGAAUCUUCAAACCCUUUCCCUGCUGACGAAUCCGGUUUCGACGAAGCAGCACUACCGGGAGUAUGUGGCCUUUCGGUUUCCCAAUCUGCGCCUGCUGGACUUUAGAAAGAUCAAGCUGAAGGAGCGCGAAGCGGCCAAAGAGCUGUUCAAGAAAAAGGGCAAAGAGCUGCAGCGGGAGAUUAUGCGCAAGGCCAAGCUGGCGAUGCCGGUGCCGGACAAGCCGACCGUUCACAACGCGUCCCCGGCGGAUAUUCAGAAGAUUAAGGAAGCCAUCAAGCGGGCCACGAAUCUGCACGAGGUGGAACGGUUAACGCGGAUGCUGCAGUCGGGACAGAUUACCGGCGAUUUUGGCUUAAACGGUAAAUUGGCGAAAUCGAACCUAUUUCGUAUGAAUGUUUGUUUCUUUGCAGAGCUUAAACUCGGCAAUCAAGGCUGGAGGACGUUGGCCACAGAUGGCCUCAUCCAGAUCGGCUAGAGAUCGUCCCUUUGAACGUUAAACUGACUACUCAACUGAUUACCCAUCUUUUCUAUUCUUCCAGGAAAUGGACACAUGGAAACCGAUUAGAUUCGACGUUGACUGCGGCGGUUCUUUUCCUUUGGGUUUUCUCUGGUAACAACAGAUACAAAUUAAGAACAGAUACAAUUACACACUCUUAGUUUAGUUUGGCCAAGAGGGAUGAAAUGAAUUCAAAUACAGCAGUUAAAAUA